AUGUGGAAGGAGACCAUCACACCAUUCAUCAGAGACCUCAGCCACAGCUUAGAAGCAUAUCCUGUUCUGAGAGAGUACCCUACCGGUUUCAGGCUCUUCUUCAUUCUUCUUGCUCUUGGUCUCAGCAUCUUCCUAGCCUCUCUCGACAUGACAAUCGUCGCAACCGCCAUCCCUAAAAUCACCGAUGAAUUCCGUGGCCUCGACAAAGUCUCCUGGUACAGUACCGCCUUUUUCAUGACCAACGGCGGCUUUCAGUCCUCUUGGGGUAAAGCCUACAAGUACUUCAACCUCAAGUUCACCUUUCUCGCGUCCGUCUUCGUAUUUGAGCUCGGUAGCCUGAUCUGCGCCCUCGCCCGCGACUCGACUACGUUUAUCAUCGGACGAGCUAUAAAUGGCCUCGGGGCUGCUGGCAUUGGCACUGGUGCUUAUACCAUUAUUGCGUUUGUGGCUGAGCCUCAAAAACGUGCCAGCUAUACCGGAAUCAUUGGUGCCUCGUAUGGUAUCGCCUCUGUUAUCGGGCCUCUGGUUGGCGGCGUCUUUUCCGACAAGGUAUCAUGGCGCUGGUGUUUUUGGAUCAAUCUCCCAGUUGGAGGUCUUGGUGCCGCCAUCAUCAUCUUGUUCUUCCAGACUCCCAGCAGUGCGCGUCCGGUAGCUGCAAGCUGGCCGGAGAGGCUGUUGCAGAUGGACCUUGUUGGUGCUUGCAUUCUCGUCGGCGCUACGCUUUGUUAUCUCUUAGCCCUCCAGUAUGGUGGACAGAGCCUCCCCUGGGAUGACAAGACUGUUAUCGGUCUACUUGUCGGCUUUGCCACCAUCGGUGCUGCCUUUGUGGAGUGGGAAUGGUAUCUAGACGAGAGAGCUAUGAUUGUCCCUCGUCUGUUCAAGAAUAGAGCUAUCGGCAUGAGCACCAUGUUCAUCUUCUUCUUCGGUGGUCCUUACUACCUGACCAUCUACUACCUACCCAUCUACUUCCAGAGCGUGGGUGGUUCGACGGCUAUCAUGUCAGGCGUCAAGAACUUACCUCUGAUUCUCGCGGUCACAAUCUCUAUGAUUGUCUCUGGUAUCUUCAUUAGCGCUACUGGCCAUGGCGUCCCGGUCAUGAUCUUUGGCUCGACUCUGGCUGUCAUCGGUGCUGGGCUCUUGUAUACUCUGGACGUUGAUUCGAGCAUGGGCGAAUGGAUCGGAUAUCAGAUCCUGGGCGGUGUUGGCUGGGGUGUCGCCCUCCAGGUACCAAUUAUUGUUUCCCAAGCGAGCGCGGCCGCCCAGGAUAUAUCAUCGGUCACGGCAAUGAUCUUGUUGUUUCAGUGUCUUGGCGGCACCAUGUUCAACUCUGCUGCACAGGCGGCGUUUGUCAACAGCAUGAUCAGAACUCUUCCCGGUGAUGUCCCUGGCAUCGAUGUUGAAGCCGUCGUUCAGAUUGGAGCUACUGAGAUCCGGGACGUGUUUUCUUCCUCCGAAGUGUUUGGAAUCAUUGCUUCGUAUAUGACGGGCCUCAAGCUCACAUUUGCUAUUGCCAUCGCAGGUGCUGGCCUGGGUGUUGUCGCAAGUGUCUGUAACGACUACAAGAGGCUAGGCAAAGAGGCCGUCAAGGAUACAGGGGCCGUGGCUUAA